UACUGUAUUUAAGGACAAGCAAAGAUUGGAGCUUUUUUGUGUUAUUCAGGGGGUACUAGGUUCCAUUUGGCUUUGUUUUUGGUUUUGAUUUUGGGUUUGGGUUGUCUGAAUCUUUAACUACCCACCCACCCCCCACCCCUCCUCUCUCUCUCUCUUCUCUCUCACAUAGACACACACAUAAAAGCCAAUCUCUUUUAGUUUGUGUCUCUGCCUCUUGUCUCCUCAAGCUAUUUCUAGUGGAGUGGUUCUUGGACCUCUGUUCUGGCUUCUGAAACUUAUAUCCAGGUGAAGUUUUUCUGUCAGGGUUUGUGUGAUUUUUGGGAAUAUUUGGGGUUUUAGGCUUCUGGGAAUUUGAGAAACUGCAAAAACAGUGAGUUUUGGUGAAAACCAAGUGUGUGAAAACUGGUUUUGGUUUGAAGUGGAGUGAAGAUUCUUGAAAAAAAUGAGGACAGGCAGGAGAAGAAAGCUGCAUUUGAGCAAGAUCUACUCAUUCAGAUGUGGGAGGUCAUCAUUUAACAAAGAAGACCAGUCACAGAUAGGGGGACCAGGGUUUUCAAGAGUGGUGUUCUGCAAUGAACCAGAUGCUGAGGAGGCCAGUUUUAGGAAUUAUUCUGGGAAUUAUGUGAGUACUACCAAGUACACAGCUGCAACUUUCUUGCCUAAAUCCUUGUUUGAACAGUUCAGGAGAGUGGCAAACUUCUAUUUCUUGGUCACAGGCAUCAUGGCCUUCACUCCUCUGGCUCCCUAUACUGCUGUCACUGCCAUUCUCCCUCUCAUCAUAGUUAUUGGGGCAACUAUGGUGAAAGAGGGCAUUGAAGACUGGCAUAGAAAACAACAGGAUAUUGAGGUGAACAGCAGGAAAGUUAAGGUGCAUCUAGGCGGGGGUGUGUUUGAGGAUACCGAGUGGAGGUAUUUGAAAGUGGGAGCUGUGGUGAAGGUGCAGAAGGAUGAAUUUUUCCCGGCUGACCUUCUUUUGCUCUCGUCCAAUUACGAGGACGCGAUCUGUUAUGUUGAGACGAUGAAUCUGGAUGGGGAGACUAAUCUGAAGCUUAAACAGGCGUUGGAGGUUACUUCGUCCUUGCACGAGGACUCGAACUUCAGAGACUUUAAGGCUAUGGUUAAAUGCGAAGAUCCUAAUCCUAGUUUGUAUACAUUUGUUGGGAGCAUGGAGUUUGAAGGUCAGCAGUACCCGGUUUCCCCGCAACAACUGCUUCUGAGGGACUCGAAGUUACGAAACACGGAGUACGUGUAUGGGGUAGUUAUCUUCACUGGUCAUGACACGAAGGUUAUGCAAAAUGCCACUGAACCCCCUUCGAAGAGAAGCAAAAUCGAGAGGAAAAUGGAUAAGAUCAUAUACUUCUUAUUCGGAGUUUUGUUCACUUUCGCUCUCGUUGGGUCAAUCUACUUUGGGAUUACGACUAGACAGGACUUGGAUGAUGGGCACCAGCGAUGGUAUUUAAGACCGGACAGUGCUAAAAUUUUCUUUGAUCCUCACCGGGCUCCAGCUGCUGCCGUUUAUCACUUCUUGACCGCCGUGAUGCUGUACAGCUACUUGAUUCCAAUCUCCUUGUACGUGUCAAUCGAAAUCGUCAAAGUUCUUCAGAGUAUCUUCAUUAAUCAAGAUAUCAAUAUGUAUUAUGAGGAAACCGACAAGCCAGCAAAUGCCCGGACCUCGAAUUUGAACGAGGAACUUGGCCAAGUCGACACGAUACUUUCUGACAAGACAGGCACAUUAACGUGUAAUUCCAUGGAGUUUGUUAAAUGCUCUGUGGCGGGAACUGCAUAUGGUCGUGGUAUUACCGAAGUCGAAAGGGCUAUGGCUAGAAGAAAAGGAUCGCCUUUGAUGGUUAAUGGUAGGGAGCUCGAGGAUUCUCCAGAUGUUGUGAGGAAAUCAACCGUGAAAGGCUUCAACUUUGACGACGAACGAAUCAUGGGUGGGAGCUGGAUUAAUGAGCCCCGAUCGGACGUAAUACAGAAAUUUUUCCGGUUAUUGGCAGUCUGUCACACUGUCAUACCCGAAGUUGAUGAGGCUUCACGUAAGGUUUCGUACGAAGCUGAGUCUCCAGACGAAGCGGCUUUUGUGAUUGCCGCAAGAGAGAUUGGCUUUGAAUUCAAUAAAAGAACACAAAGUAGUGUCUCGGUGAGUGAGUUGGAUCUCGCAUCUCGCAAAAGAGUUGAAAGGUCGUAUAAGAUUUUGAAUGUUUUGGAGUUCAACAGUGCAAGAAAAAGGAUGUCUGUGAUAGUUCAAGAUGAGGACGGGAAAAUAUUGCUGCUCUGCAAAGGGGCCGAUAGUGUCAUGUUCGAAAGGCUUGCUCUAAACGGAAGGGAGUUUGAAGAAAACACGAGAGAGCAUGUACACGAGUAUGCUGAUGCAGGCCUGAGGACGUUGAUACUUGCUUAUCGUGAGCUCACCGAGGAAGAAUAUAGAGUGUUUAAUGAACAAUUUACGGAGGCCAAGAACUUGGUCAGUGCCGAUCGUGAUGCAAUGAUUGAUGAAGUAACGGAGAGGGUUGAAAAAGACUUAAUUCUUCUUGGGGCUACCGCUGUUGAGGACAAACUCCAACAAGGGGUUCCCGAGUGUAUUGACAAGCUUGCCCAAGCAGGCAUAAAGAUAUGGGUUUUGACCGGAGAUAAGAUGGAAACCGCCAUUAAUAUUGGUUAUGCGUGUAGCUUGCUUAGACAAGGAAUGAAGCAGAUAAUUGUAAACUUGGAUGCCCCCGAAAUCAUCGCUUUGGAGAAAGCGGGAGACAAAAGAGCAAUAGCCAAGGCUUCAAGAAAAAGUGUCCUUAAGCAACUUACUGAUGGGAAAGCUCUGCUUGCUUCAUCGAACAACGAGGCGUUUGCUUUGAUUGUUGAUGGAAAAUCCCUUACUUAUGCGCUCGAAGAUGGCUUAGAAAACUUGUUUUUAGGACUUGCAAUUCGGUGUGCUUCCGUCAUAUGCUGUCGCUCAUCGCCAAAACAGAAGGCAUUGGUAACAAGACUUGUUAAAAUUGGAACGGGGAAAACAACGUUGGCAAUUGGUGAUGGGGCUAAUGAUGUAGGAAUGCUCCAAGAAGCAGACAUUGGGAUUGGAAUCAGCGGUGUUGAAGGAAUGCAGGCUGUCAUGUCAAGUGAUGUUGCAAUUGCUCAGUUCCGAUUUUUGGAGCGCUUGCUUUUAGUGCACGGGCAUUGGUGUUACAGAAGGAUCUCUUCAAUGGUAUGCUAUUUCUUCUACAAAAAUAUCACCUUCGGGGUUACUGUGUUCUUGUACGAGGCAUAUGCAUCAUUUUCCGGGCAACCUGCAUACAAUGAUUGGUUCCUCUCACUUUACAACGUCUUCUUCACAUCACUCCCCGUGAUUGCCUUGGGGGUUUUCGAUCAAGAUGUGUCUGCCCGAUAUUGCCUCAAGUUUCCUUUACUUUAUCAAGAAGGUGUUCAGAAUGUUCUCUUCAGCUGGAAGCGAAUAAUUGGGUGGAUGUUUAACGGGGUUUGCUCGGCUGUGAUCAUAUUUUUCCUCUGCAUAAACGCGAUAGACCCUCAAUCUUACAAGAAGGAUGGAAAAGUAGCUGGAUAUGCAGUCGUCGGGGCAACAAUGUACACUUGCGUCAUUUGGGUUGUGAACUGCCAAAUGGCCCUCGCCGUGAGCUACUUCACCUUAAUCCAGCACAUCUUCAUCUGGGGCGGAAUCGCGCUGUGGUAUAUUUAUCUCCUCAUCUAUGGCGCUCUCCCUACAACGUUCUCGACCACUGCAUACCAAGUUUUCGUGGAGGCCCUCGCCCCGGCCCCCAUGUACUGGAUAGUCACCCUGUUCGUCGUGUUGGCCGCUCUGAUCCCGUACUUCGCAUACAAUGCGAUCCAGAUCCAGUUCUUCCCAAUGUACCACGGGAUGAUUCAGUGGUUAAGGUACGAGGGAAAAACCGAGGACCCCGAGUACUGCAACAUGGUCAGGCAGAGGUCCAUAAGGCCUACAACCGUCGGAUUCACCGCUCGUUCUCUCGCGAGAACGAAUCCAUUGGAAGACGGGAAUCGCAGCACGAGAUAGCACAUUGUCCCUGGCAGAACAGAACAUGAUAUAUACCUUAAACAACACACUGUAAAACCCGAAGAACUCUGCCCGUUGUACAUGAGCGCGGGGCGGGGGUAGGUGGUUCUGCAGGUAUACAUAGAGGUUUGUAUAGAAGCACCUUUCAACUGUAUCAUGUUUUCUUAGGUGUUGGAGAUUGGUGACAAUCUCUGUAAGUUUUGCAAUUUUAGCUAUAUAUAUUCUUUCAUUUUACAGUGUAAAAUUGUUGGGAGUUAUAUAGAUGUUGGAGAUGAGUUGCAGAUAAGGAAAUGUAAUUUUCCAUGAGGAAGAGACUGAGAGGGGUUGGUUUUCCUUGUAACCCUAGAUGUUUCUUUCAAUACUAUCCUCUUGUAAACAUUUUGUCACAAUAAAUAAGCACCAUUUUAUUUCUCAAA